GAGCCAGGGAGGAAGGAUGUGACUCUAAGCACGGUCGAAGAGGAAUCUCUUCAAACAUCGAAUUCACAGUUACAAAGAGAAUCCAAGACUACCAUCAGUGCUGAGGCACCAGAAAAUAUAUUUUAUAAAUACUUUCAGUCAUUUUCUUUGGCAAAAAUAAAACAAGCAGCAGACGAAACUGACUCGAGCUACAGGACAAAUCAAAAGCCAGAUCCGCCAAACAAUCCAUUAGUAUCAAAGUCUCUUAUUAAGGACACACAUUUGAAAAUCAACCCAAGGCCAGGAAAGAUGGUUAUUUAUGAUCAAUUACAAUUUCAUGGAAACAAACAUGAAAUCAUGACUGAUGUACCUGAUGCUACAAGCUGGAUUUUUUCAAAAGGAAUUUCACUGAAAGUUGUUAGAGGAUGUUGGAUAUUGUAUGAAAAGCCUAAAUUCCAAGGUCAAGCUUAUAUCUUGGAAGAAGGAGAGAAGGAAUUACAACAGCUAUGGCUCAACCAUGAUUUUCUGGCCAUGGAAUCCUCAGCCCAAAAAAUCGUGAUUGGUUCUAUUAAAAGGGUUACAAAGAAUCACUGCAUUCCAGAGGUUGAAAUCCGGGAGUCUUGCCAAGACAACAUUCCAAUAUUUCUACAGAAUGAAAUUGCCUGCAUAGGGGAAGUUGGAAUUUCAAUCCUUAUGUCUUCUAUCAUUGUCAAUUCAGGAAUUUGGCUUGCCUACAAAAAGCCGAAUUUCAAUGGUCAGUUUACUGUGCUGGAACCUGACAGUAAUCCUGGUGCAAUGUCCAGUGAAUUGAGGUCAGAGCAUGUCAAAUCACUGCGGCCUCUGAAGAUGGGUGCACUGAAAGUAGAGAGUCCUCUGUCUCCCAAGGUUGUAAUAUUUGAGAAGCCAUUCUUCAGUGGAAACUUCAAGGAAGUCUCAAAGGACGUAUUAGAGUCAAAGACACUUUGGAAAGAGGAUGCUGAAAUGAACAAUGAAGACUUUAGAGGCUUUGGGUCAAUACGAGUCAUUGGUGGAGUGUGGGUUGCUUAUGAAAAAGAAUGUUUCAGAGGAUACCAGUACUUUCUUGAGGAAGGGGAAUAUGAAGACUGGCAUGCGUGGGGCGGAUUUAACAGUGCAGUACAAUCCUUGCGUUACAUUCAGGUGGAUUUUAUGCAACCAGUGAUCACUUUAUUUGAACAACCAGAUUUGAAGGAUGGUAAUAAAACCGUUGUCAAUCAUGACGUCCCAGACUUGGAAACCAUUGCAUACGGAACAGUAACUCAAUCAAUUGAAGUGAAAAAUGGAAUGUGGGUGGCAUACCAAGGCAGUAAUUACACAGGAGAGCAGUUUAUUCUUGAAAAAGGAGUCUACAGAAGCCAUGCUGACUGGGGAGGAAGGGAUGGCACCAUCAUGUCAAUACGUCCAAUAUACCUGGAACCCAAUGACAAACCAAAGUUCCAGCUCCAAGCAUACAGCGAAGCUGACUUUCAGGGAACGGGUAUUGAAUUUGUAACAGAAGUUUCUAAAUUAUCAACAUUUCAACUAAAGUCCUUUAAGGUGGUUCGUGGAUGCUGGGUCCUAUAUGAUGAAGAAGAUUUUGAUGGUUGUCAAUAUCUAUUAGAAGAAGGUUAUUAUCCAGAUCUUGGUUCUUGGGGAUGCCUGACAAUGGAAACAAUCCAAUCUCUGAAGCCAAUCACACCUGAUUUCUCUGAACCUUCUAUCAGCCUUUUUACCCUGGAUUCUUGUCAAGGGCGAGAACUAAUUCGUGCAGAGGCCAUCAGUGUCUUACAGAGCAAUAAAUAUUACCAAUACACAAAGUCAAUAAGAGUGAACAGUGGAAUGUGGGUAGUCUUUGAACAUGCUAAUUUUAGAGGAAGGCAGUUACUUUUGGACAGCACUGAAAAUAUCAAUUGGAUUAAAUUUAGUGGAUGGACUUCAGUUGGUUCAGUUCGCCCAAUCAAUCAGUGCCGCGUCUACUUCAGAAUAAAAAACAGGGCCAAAGGGACAUUUAUGACAAUUGAUGAAAAUUUAGAAGACCCCAGGGCAUCAAAGCUGUCUGUCUGUCAGUACAAUGGCAAACCUACACAGAUGUGGUUUUACUGUCGUGGACUUAUUAAAUCCAAGUCGAACAACGCAUGUGUGGAUGUUAUUGGGGGACAAAGAACAUCUGGUACAAAAGUAGCUCUUUGGACGGAGCAUGGGAAUAUUCAUCAGAAAUGGAAUAUCAACAGGAAUGGCACAAUUUCUUCACAUUUGGAUUGCAAUCUGUUACUUGAUAUCAAAGGCGGUGACUACUAUGACAAGUCCCACCUAAUAUUAAACAAUCCACAAGCAGAUCAGCAAACUCAGUUCUGGGACAUUGAAUUAUUGUGAGCUGGGAAACACAAAGGUCAGGUGGAACUGAAAUAUUACUUUACAGAAGACAAGUGUGUUGCAAAUAUGUCCAGCUCAUCACCAGAAUGAGCACCACACAAUUUACACCAUAUGUAAAAUAUUGCACUUUACAAAUCAGCCACAAUUUCAACUAUGCAAUGUAACUAUUUAGAAGAUGUUUGCUGUUUUUGCCAUGAAAUCUAUAAUUUUUUUUAAAAAAAACUUCUCUUUCAACUUACAAACUAAUUAAGAUGAAUCAUGAUUAGUGAAACAUGGUUCUGUUUGUAAAUAGGUUCCAUUUCAAGAUGUGGUAAAACAAGCUGUGAAUGUAAUAAUUCCAAUACAAAAUACUCAUUUCUGAAUUUGUUCAUUUUGUUGCAUCAA